UUGCUUGGCUGCAGUGGGAAGCACAGAAUAGAGCAGCAUACAGAGCAGAGCGUUUGGGAUCCAUUGUUGAAAGGUUUAAAAGGGCCGUAGUUCAAGAGACAUACGGUGGUGCGGAGAAGGGGCCAGUAUAACCAGAAUGAUACUUGAUCAAGGUCGCUUCUGCCGGCCUGGGUGUAGAGGAAAUGGUGAGGUCUGGGGAUGAGCCGGGCUGGCUGGGGGCCGGCAACCUGGAGUCAGGGCAACCCACCUUGGGGUCACAUAGGAGGAGAGUGCCUGCCCCAGGGGUUUGUUAAAUAACGUGUUUCUUUUCACUUUCCCCGUACCCCACAGCAGUAGUCUUGGAUCAGGAGAGCUUGUGGGUACGGGCAAUACCGCGAUAUUCUGCUUUUCUAAAGGAUCUCAUCUUUUUGUGGGCUUGCACAUGCCUCACAGCUCCUCAUUAGGGUCCCAGCAUCGCCCAGAGAGGUCGUGGGGAAGGUGGGGGGCAGUGUGCCCAGACCUGUCUGUCAGGAGAGCUCCGAGUGGCCCAGUGGGGCUUCUGGCCGCCAUGCUAGAGGGAACUCCUAUGAGGCUGUUGGAACCCAGACCAGGAAGGGCGCAGCUGAGCCCACCCUAAGGGAGACCAGGGUGCCCUCAGCCCCAGUGUGUAAGGCUCUCCCAUUGGGACAUUGUUGCUGAGACAUUUGCAGCUUGUCACUACGGGCUUCUCAUUAACAACAAAAGUGCCAACAGGAGAGAAACAGUACGGUCGACGUGGGUUUCACGCAGAACCUCAAAAAGCACUUUUUUUUUAGCAGGCUUAAAAAAAAAAACAACUUUAUUUCUCAAGGUGCAUUUUAGGGUCGUUCUUCCUGUUGAUGUGACCAAAAGGUGAAGUGCACCUGCUUCCAGGUGUGACACAUGACCCCAGAUAUGCCCUCUGCUCGUGUGCUUCCCUUGGCUUGCCUGGGCAGCAUCUUAGCGAGAUGAAUGACCUGGAAAAGUACCUGAACACACCAGUGUCCAUGCUGGUGAAGGCACAGACUUGGGGGGACCACCCCCGUGAUGGACCCCAACUCCCCUUCCAUCCCUAAGUUGUGUAUCUAAGCUAUGAUUGCCCCCCGCCUCCCCCUUGGACCUUAGGGUGCUUCCUGCCCACCUCACUAGGCCCCCUGUGCACCCACAGGCCCUGGAGGCCACCAUCAGGAGGGGGCACCUGGGAAGGGGCCCCGGAGACAGGAUGAGACCGUCUGGACAGGGACUUCUGGGGCACCAGGACCCCAAAGUAGGGUCUGGAAGGGAGGAGGCUCAGCUUGUGAGGGGCUCAGCCCUCUGCUCUGGAGGUGCCUCUCCCCAUAGGGAGAGGUGUAGGUGGGACCUGGCAAGCUCGGGGUUCAGGGCUGGAGCCCCUCUGUCCUGUUCUGGGAGCAGUGCUUAGGGCACCUCUUGCUUUAAACAUUUGGACAACAAAGGCAGCUUGAAAUUGUUUCCUGUUUAUAUAAGUAAUCUCUGUGGUUACGUCACUGAGUGCUCAGCGCCCCUUUCUUCUGCUCCUGACCUCAGUCUUAUUGCACACAGUUGCUCCGUAAAGCAGGUUUGAUGAAAGGGCCGGAUUUCCCGUUGCUCGCUAAGGUAGCUCAGUGCAGGGAGCUGGUCGACCUGUUUUCCGAUUUUGUCUGUCUCAGCUGUCUGCAUCCACAGCCUCUCCAACGACCCUUCCUUGCCUGCCAUCUCCCUCUCUGCUUCCACCUGCUCAGGAUUUUCCCCUUUACCCCAGAGGCCAGGCCCCCCACGUCCGUCUUUCUUUGUCCUCUUGACUUUGUGUGUCUUGUGUGGGUAUGGGUGUGUGUGUGUGUGUGUUUGUCUCAUUGCACCUGUAGGUAUGAGAGUCUGUGGAGAAGCACGCGUGGAACUCCAGGAAUCCGUGUGGAAGGGAAUGAUCUGGAGAAGUGGUUGUAAACUUUUUCCAUGUCAGUCACUUGGGGGGCUUGUUAAAGCACAGGUUGCUGGGCCGACCCCGGAGUUUCUGAUUCAGCAGGUUUGCGGUGGGGCUCGCAUUUGCAUCUCUAAUUGAGAAUCACUGUGUCAGAGGGCUGCGCUCCUAAUGAAAUCAGGAAAUAUUUUAAAUCCCAUGGAGAUUGCUGUGGUUGCAGCUUUCUUUGGAGGCAUGAGGUCAGAGGCCUGCCAUGAGGUUAUUUGCAGCUCUCCUGCCUUCUGUGGCGGUGACUUCCUGAAGCCGUAGGACGUCAUGCAACCUGGCCUUCAGCCUUCUUGCCCUGGUGCCAGGAGAGACGAGGCCCCUCUGUUCCAGGACCUGUUGAUCAGUGCUCUUCGAGCCUGUAGGACAUCUGGUAUGGCUCUGGGGUCCGAGAAGAGACAGACAGAUACCAUUCACACAAUGAUAAUAUAUUAGUUACUAACAUUUAAGAGCUGUGUGUGUCAUCCCCCCCCCCCCAUUUACACAAGAGGAAAUUGAGGCUUAGAAAUAUUAAAUCACUUUUCCAGGGUCUUAGGACCAGUAGCUGGUAGAGCCAGGACUUGAACUCCAGUCCCCUGACUCCAGCCUGACUUCAGACAGCCCUGCCCACCCAAGUUAGUGUCUGUGGAACUUACAGCAUGGACAGGCGAGAUGAACUCCAAGGAGGGGCUGGGGUGCUGCUUGGAGGAGGGAGCAAGCUGGAGCUGGUGGUGUGGAGUGAAUGUCUCAACCCGUUUUCCCCAGGCUGUGCCAUGCCACUCGCUUCUUCCUUGUCAGACGGGUUUAAUGAGGUCUGGAGUGUGACGCAGUUAGUCCCCCGCUGGCUCGGAUGAGGGGCAGACAAGCCAUGAGCCCCUCUGAGCAGACCAGACAAAAUAUCUAAGAAUAACCUUACUGAGAAAUAUGUCUCAUGUAUAGGAAAACAUUUAUUAUGAAAAGAUGAUAAAAAUAGCAGUUAAUAUUUAUUGAGCACUCGCUGUUGCCAGCUCUGUCCUGAGGUGGUGGUUGUUAGUUGCCGUUGAACUGCUCUGACUCGUGGCAACCCUGUGUACAGCAGAAUGAAGCGUUGCCGGGUCCCGCGCCGUCUUCGUGAUCACUGGUGUGCUUGAUUCCAUUGUUGCGGCUGCUGUGUGUUUCGAGUGCCUUCCUUGGGUGGUGCGAAUGGUUAAUGCGCUCAGCUGCCAACUGAAAGGUUAGAGAGUUGAGUCCUUCCUGGGGCACCUCGGAAGAAAGGCCUGGUGACCUAUUUUAGAAAAAGCAGCCAUCGAAAACCUAUGGAGCACAAUUUUCUUUGACACACAGUGGUCUGCCACGAGUCAGAAUCGUCUCGACAGCACCUGGCCCAACUAGGGGGCUCAUCUUCCGGCACCAUAUCAGCCAAUAUUCUGUUGAGAUCCGUAGGGUUUUCAUUAGCUAAUUUUUGGAAUUGGAUCACCAUUUUGUGAUGUGAUGUAAUUAUCCUACAUGUUGUAAAUCCUAAUCUGUGAUGUUAAUGAGGCAGGAUUAGAGGCAGCUAUGUUGAUAGGCAGGACACAAUCUACAGGAUUAGGUUGUACCUUGAGUCAAUCUCUUUUGAGAUAUAAAAGAGAGAAGUGAGCUGAAAGAGGAGGGACCUCCUACCACCAAGAAAGAAGAGCUGGGAGCGGAGUGUGUCCUUUGGUCCUAGGGUCCCUGCACUGAGAAUUUCCUAGACCAGGGAAAGAUUGAUGACAAGGACAUUCUUCUAGAACCGGCAGAGAAAGCUUUCCCCUGGAGCUGGCAUCCUAAAUUUGGACUUCUAGCCCCCUAGACGAUGAGAGAAGAAAUUUCAGUUAAAGCCAUCCACUUGCGGUAUUUCUCUUAGAGCAGCACAAGAUAACUAGGACAGUGACCUUGCUGAUGUUUGAAAUACUGGUGGUAUAGUUUCCAGAAUCGUAGCAACCGCAGUAUGGUGGCACAGCACAAGCCACCACAGCUGACAAACUGACAGACAGGUGGUAGUCUAAGGUUCCCACUGCCGUCGAGUCGAUUCCGUCUCAUAGCGACCCUACAGGACAGAGUAGAACUGCCCCAUAGGGUUUCCAAGGAGCACCUGGCGGAUUUGAACUGCCGACCUCUUGGUUAACAGUCUAAGGUUAUAUAUGUGUUAAUUAGUGAAUACUAUGGUAAUGCUGGAAACCCUGGUGGUGUAGUGGUUAAGUGCUACGGCUGUUAACCAAAAGGUCAGCGGUUCAGAUCCACCGGUCACUGCUUGGAAACUCCAUGGGGCAGUUCUACUCUGUCCCAUAAGGGUCGCUAUGUGUUGGAAUCGACUCAACAGCAGUGGGUUUGAUUUUUGUUUUUUUGUAGUAAUGCUGCAGGUUAGGCACAGCUGUGAUGGUGUUGAACCGAGGCACGGAGGCUCAGGAAGGGGGAGUGCAUUGCCCAGGGCCAGACAGCUCAGAAGUGGCAGAGCUGGGGUGGACCCCAGGCUAAAUCUGUGUAAUGGAGAGUCCUCCCAACCCCUUCCUAAGUGAAAUUUUGUAAAUAUAUCACUUCUUCUCCAUAUGUAGAUAUUCUUUGUUCUAAUCAAAAUCCGAAUAAAUAUUUUAAAAUGUGAGAAAUGGAUUUCGGUUGCUUUUCUGGAAGAGAAGCGUUGUGUGGGAGGGGCCUGCUCUGUCAUGUGUUCAGACAAACCACGAAGCUUCAGAUUUGGCACGGAACUGGACAGACCUGCAGUGGGCCAGCACAAGUAGGCCAGAUGGGGGCCUGUUGCUUGGAGCUUUCACUAGCUGGUUGAGACACCACCACGUAGUGAUUAAACAAACAGGAGUGGGACUGUGUAUCCACAGUUUGAUAGAUCUCAGUGGGUACCAUCCACCGACAUCACAGCAACAGCAAUUCUAGGUGAUUUCGAAGUUAAAUUCAACAAAAGUGUGUUUGGCACACUCGACGUGCCAGGGACGGUUCUGGGUGCUGUGCGUAUGGCAGUGACCAAGCCAGAUACAGCUCCCUGCCCUGAAGGAGUCUGCGUUUUUGUAGAUAAAGGUAAAUAAUCUAUUUUUAGAAAUCUUGAAGGAAACAGAAGUCAAUGUUUAUUAAACCUUUGAGGGAGGGGAAUUUCUAAACUUAGAACCCAUAGAAGAAGUCACAGAGGGAAAUAUCAGUAGUUUGUUGGCGUAAACAUUCCCCAAAAGUUAUUUCUGGUUUUGCCAUAAUAAACUCUUCCUCAUCGUUCUUCUGUGUAACGUUCAGGUUUUUCCUGAAUUCUUAGGUUCUCCAAAGUGGAAUUACAAGGUCAAGGAGUAUGAACAUUUGUGGGGUUCUAGGUAUAUACCUGGGCAGUGCAAACGGUUAACUCGCUCAGUUGCUAAGUGGAAGGUUGGAGGUUCGCAUCUACCCAGAGGUGCCUCAGGAGACAGGCCUGGUGAUCUGCUUCUAAAAAAUCAGCCAUCGAAAGCCCCGUGGAGCACAGUUCAGCUCUGACACAAAUGGGGGUGCCGUGAGUCAGAAUUGACCGGAGGUCCCCUAAAUUAACUUCCUUCCGAAAGUGUCUUUAUAUUCACCAAGUCAGACCACCUAGAUAAAGAUUUAAAUUCAUCCACUCAUUCAUUCAGGAAACAAUGGAGGUGCCAGGCCUAGUCCCUCUUCCCUGCUCCUUCUGCCUCUUACCUCAGGUCACACAGGGUUUCCAGGGCUUCCAGCACUGUCUACACUCCAGGGACUCCCACAGUGGUUAAGAGCUCAGCUGCUAACCAAAAGGUCAGCAGUUCAAAUCCACCGUCUGCUCCUUGGAAACCCUAAGGGGCAGUUCUACUCUGUCCUAUAGGGUUGCUAUGAAUUUGAAUUGACUUGAUGGCAAUGGGUUUGGGUUUCUUGGGUUUUUUUGCCAUGUCUGGCCACUUUCAGUGCUGUGACUACCCCUGGCCCCUUCCUGCUUCCGUGGCCUUAUAUAUUCUUCUGCCUGUCAGCCUGGAGAAUUCCGCUCCCUCAGCAGUCUCAAUGGGAUGUCACUUCCUCCCCUGAUCCUUCAGGUUAAGUUAGAUACCCUCUAAGGAGUCCUGGUAGUGCAGUGGUUACAAACAGGAUUGCUAACCGAAAGGUCAGCAGUUUGAACCCACCAGAUGUGGCCAUCUGCUUCCAUAAAGAUGACAGCCUUGGAAACUCUAUGGGGCAGUCCUACCCUGUCCAACAGGGUCUCUAUGAAUUGGAGUCGACUCGAUGACAGUGGGUGUGGUUAGGAUCUCUUAGCACCCCACACAUUUCCUUCAUAGCACUUGUAAUCUCCAGGUGCCAGGUCAUCAUACUAAGUAGAGGACCAUCGAAAAAGAGGAAGACCCUCAAUGAGACCCUCAAUUGACACAGAGGCUGCAACGAUGGGCUCAAACAUGGACUCAUUGUGAGGAUGGUACAGGACUGGGCAGUGUUUCAUCCUGUUGUACAUAGGGUCACUACGAGUCGGAACCGACUCUAACAACAACAAAUUUUAUUUGGGAAGGAGCCCUGGUGGCACAGUGGUUAAGCACUCAGCUGCUAACCAAAAGGUCUGUGGUUCGAACUCUCUAGCUGCUCCACGAGAGAGAGAAGUGGCAGUCUGCUUCCAUAAAGAUUACAGCCAAGAAAACACUGUGGAACAGUUCUACUCUGUGACCCCUGGGGUUGCCAUCAGUCAGAAUGGACUCCAUGGCAGUAGGUUUGGGUUUCUGUUUGUUGUUUUGGGCAUAUGUUUUUCACUGCCUCCCUCCCACGUUAGACUGUAAGCUGCAUGUGGGUAGGAGUGUGUCUGUGCUUUCUCCGUGCUGUUUUCUGCCCAGAACCUUUGCUCUCAUUGUCCUUAGCUGCUGUCCAGUCAGCCCAACUCUCGACGACCCUGUGCACAACAGAAAAAAAUGCCACCCAGCCCUGCACCAUCCUCAACAAUCCAUUGAGGAUCAGACCCUUGUGGUCUGUGGGGUUUUCACUGGCUGAUUUUCGGAAGUAGAUCCCCAGGCCUUUCUUCUACUCCAUCUGAGUCUGGAAGCUCCGCUGAAACCUGUUCAGCAUCGUAGCCACACGCAAGCCGCCACUGUCAGAUGGGUGGUGGCCAUGGAUGAGGUGCUUCGGCCGGGAUCAAACCCGAUCUCCCUCGUGGAAGGCGAGAAUUCUGCCACUGCCUACUUCCGAAGAUUAGAAGCAGUGAAAUUUAAAUCUUUAUUUAACUGCUUAAAAAAAAAAAAUAGAAGCACCACUUAUGUGUUGUAGAAGAAAGAAAGUAAAGGCAGGCAAAUCACACACCCACACACCUACACACACACACACACACCUACACGCAUAUGUACAUACACAUACACCUACACACACGCGCAUACACACAGAUAUACACACACAGAUACACACACAUAUACACACAUACACCUGCACACACAGAUAUACACACACAUAUGCACACAUACACCUGCACACACACGCACACACACAGAUAUACACAUGCGCAUACACAUAUACACACAUACACCUGCACACACAGAUAUACACAGAUAUACACACACGCAUACACAUAUACACACAUACACCUGCACACACAUGCAUACACACACAGAUAUACACACGCAUACACACAUAUACACACAUACACCUGCACACACGCAUACACACAGAUACACACAUACACACAUACACCUGCACACACACGCACACACAGAUAUACACACAUAUACACACAUACACCUGCACACACGCGCACACACAGAUAUACACACGCAUACACAUAUACACACAUACACCCGCACACACAUGCAUACACACAGAUACACACACGCAUACACACAUAUACACAUACACCUGCACACACGCGUACACACAGAUAUACACACACAUACACACAUAUACCUGCACACACACGCACACACACAGAUAUACACACACAUAUACACACAUACACCUGCACACACCUGCACACACACAUACACACAUACACCUGCACACACACACAGGUAUACACACACGCAUACACACAUAUACACACAUACACCUGCACACACAUGCAUACACACAGAUAUACACACACGCAUACACAUACACACAUACACAUGCGCACACAUAUAUGCGCAUAGAGAUGCACACAUAAACCUACACACUUAUACACACAUAUACCAACACACACCCGUGCACACAUACAUACACACCUACACACACACACACACACAGACUUAAUUCCCACUAGUCCAGAAAUCCCCGCUGCUACACCUCUCAGGUCUUUUCUAUACAUAAAUAUGUACAAAGACUUUUUUUCUUACCAAAGUGAUAUGUUACUGUUUUGUAAUCUGCUUUUUUAAAGAUUUCAUUUAUUUUGUUUUUGUUGAGAACAUAUACAGUGAAGCAUACACCAAUCCGACAGUUUCUGCGUGCACAGUUCAGCAACACUGAUUACAUUCUUCUAGUUUUACAACCAUCCUCGCCCUCCUUUUCUGAGUUGUUCCUUCCCCAUUAAAAUAAACUCGCUGCCCCCUAGGCUUCCUAUCUAAUCUUUCCGCUUGCUGUUGUCACUUUGAUCUCAUAUAACCAAAAACAAACCCUCUAUUGUUGAGUCAAUUCUGACUCAUAAUGACCCUAUAGGACAGAGUAGAACUGUUCCAUAGAGUCUCCAAGGAGCGACUGGUGGGUUUGAACUGCCGACCUUUUGGUUAGCAGCUGAGUUCUUAACCGCUGUGUCACCAGGGCUCCUUGAUCCAGUAUAGAUAGUUCUUAAAAGAGCAUAAUGCUCAAGGCAGACAUUUUUUACUAGUGAAGCUAAACUAUUGUUUGAUUUUAAGGAGACUUCAGGGUUUAAGGUUUAAAGGUUAUCAGGGCAAUAAUUUCAGGGAUUCAUUCAGCCUCCAUGUCUCCAGAAAGUCUGGAGUCCAUGAGAAUUUAAAAUUCUUUUCUGUGCUUUCGUCCUUUUGAAUCUAUAGAAUUCUUGAAUCCAUGAUCAAAAUGUUCAGUAGUGGUAGCUGGACACCAUCCAGUUCUUCUGGUCUCAUGGCAAAGGAGGCAGUUGUUCAUGGAGGCAAUUAGCCUCCUAUUCCUGACUCUCCUCCUUUCUCUGUUGCUUCAGGCAAAUAGAGACCAAUUGUUGUGCCUUGGAUGGCCGCCUGCAAGCCUUUAAGACCCCAGGCACUAUGCAAGAACUAGGAGGUAGAACUGAAGCACUACUUUAUUAGUCCAUUUAACUGGGAUGUCCCAUGAAACCAUGACCCUAAAUCUCCAAACCAAGGAACCAAAUCCUGUAAGGUAUUUGGUUGUCUGUAAGCAGCCUCAGUAGCUACUCUUUUUUUUUUUUGGUCAUUGUUGUAAAUGUAUCUCUCACACAAUUUCUGCCAAUUCAACUUUUUACAGGUGUACUGAACAAUUACAGUAAUCUGCAUUGCAAUCCUGCCCUAAAUUAACGAGGUUUUUCCAUCAUCCUCAGCUCCCCUUCUUCCCCUCCCACCCCAGGUAACCACUGAUAAAGUUUGGUCUCUAUACAUCUGCCUUUUCUUUUCUUUUUACAUAAGUGAGGUCAUACAAUAUUUGUCCUUUAGUGAUUGUCUUACUUCACUCAGCACGAUGCCCGUAAUCUGCUUUUUUCCGCCAACGAUUUCCAACUUUGCAUCUCAGUGAAACGUACCUCAUUCUCGGCUUUGUCCAUACUCAGGUUUCCAUGACUGGCCCUCAGAGGCCCUUGGAAGCUUGUUGGUUGGAAUCUGUAUGUAACUGAGGACAAAGCAUUGCACCCCAUUGCUGCUUCCUUUCAGCCUCUGGACCUAGCUUGGCCUCGUAUUGAAGGAAUGGGCCAUUAUUGCCUUAUGACCUCUCACUGUCUAGUUUUGUGGGGUCGCUUCCUCAUGGUGGAGCUUGUUCCUCUGUCUCCUGUGCUUCCUAUAGUAAAAAAAAAAAAAAAAUAGUAAAGGCUUGAUGAAUUCAGGCUCAUCAUUUCUGGCAUGAAUACACCAGCGGUGGUUCUGUGUACUCCAGCCUGUGUUACUGAAAAGACACGUCUAGUGACCCUCUGUUAGUGAUGCUGAGAUUGACCCUGGAGACCAGGAAGUGGCAAGUAUGGUGUAACUGUGGCACCAUGCCGAACACUUAACUAAUGUUUUAGCACUUAGUGGUAGUUCUUACCUGAACACAUUCUUUCAUUAGGCUUUGUGAGAUGGUGUUUUUCUAAUUCUUUCAUUCCUUCUAGAAAGUAGAGCUUUCCCUCAUCGGUUGGGGCCGUCUAAACCCCUUGCCAACAAGUUGAUUCCAACUCACAGCAACCCUACAGAACAGAGUAGAACUGCCCCAUAGAGUUUCCAAGGAGCACUGGUGGAUUCGAACUGCCAGCCUUUUGUUUAGCAGCCAAUCUCUUAACCACUGUGCCACCAGGGCUCCUGGGGCUGUUUAGUUACCCUGGAAAAAGAGCCUGAGCACCCAGCUGCUAACCAAAAGGUCAGCAGUUCAAACCCACCAGCCUCUGCAUGGGAGAAAGGUGUGGCAGUCUGCUUUUGUAAAGAUCAUAGCCUUGGAAAUCCUAUGGGGCAGUUCUACUCUGUCCUGUAGGAUCACUAUGAGUAAGAAUCAACUCGAUGGCGAUGGGUUUUGGGUUUUGGUGGUGCAAUGGUUAAGCGCUCAGUUGCUAUUGGAAAGGUUGGUGGUUUGAACCCGAGACCUUGUGAUCUGCUCCCAUAAAGAUAACAGCGUAGAAAACCCAAUGGGGCACUUCUACUAUGUCACAUGUCGUUGCUAGGAGUCGUAACCGACCUGAUGGCGACGAGCGUUUGUUUUCCUUUUUUGAUUUGGUUACCCUGAAAUAUAGUUGCUACUGGAAAGACAGGAUCCUUGCUAAUACUUUCCCUACACUUGUUAAUUCUCAAAGUAAGGAGUGUUUAACAGCCAUUUCAGAUGGUGACAGACGAGGUUUGCCUCAGGGCUUCCAACCAGUUAGUUUCCGUUUGAACCCCUGCUGAGAAUUUACAUUUCUAACAAGUUCCACCCCCAGAUAUACUGAAUCAGGAUCUACAUUUUAAAGAGAUCCCCAGGUGAUUGUUAUGUAUAACUUCCUGGGAACUUGUUAGAAAUGCAAAUUCUCAACAGGGAUUUGAACUGGAACAAACUGGUUGGAAGCCCUGGUUUUCCUGCCUUUUCCUGUCUUAUUCUAUACUGAUGGAUUCUUAUUGAUUUGGUGCGUUGUCAUCAUUAAUCUCUUUGAAGCUCAAGGUGUUACAUCUUUAGGCAGUGAGCUCCCCGUCAUUGAGCUCCUCUGACCUUUGGAUAGAACCUCAGCAGUCUCUCAAAAGCUUCCUUAUUGCACAGGAUACCCCGGGCUCUGGUACUCUUCCCACCUCAGACUUGCAGUCAGUGGCAUUGCACAGUGGUGUUAGGGACCAUAAACUGGGCACUGGGGUGGUCAUUGCUAGAGGGGUGACUUGUUUCUAGGGUAUUUCAGUGGGCAGAGCUGGGAAAUACAAAUUUUCGAAAGUCCAAUUGACAUUGUUUAGUUUUAAUAUUCUUUUUUAAAAUUUUAUUAUUUUUUAGUUGUACUUUAGAUGAAGGUUACAGAGCAAAUUAGUUUCUCAUUAAACAAUUAAUACACAUAUUGUUUUGUGAUGUUGGUUGCCACCCCCAAGACAUGUCAACACUCUCCCCUUCUUGACCUUGGGUUCGUCAUUACCAGCUUUCCUCUUCCCUCGUGCCUUCUCGUCCUUGUCCCUGAGCUGGUGUGCGCAUUUAGUCUCAUUUUGUUUUAUGGGCCUGUCUCGUCUUUGGCUGAAGGGUGAACCUCAGGAGUGACUUCAGUACUGAGUCAAAAGGGUGUCCCAGGGCCAUACUGUUGGGGAGUCUCUAGUCUCCUCAGACCAGUAAGUCUGAUUCUUUUUUGUGAGUUAGAAGUUUGUUCCACAUUUUUCUUCAGCUCUGUCCAGGACCCUCUAUUGUGAUCUCUGUCAGAGCAGUCGGUGGUGGUAGCCGGGCACCAUCUAGUUGUGCCGGACACAGUCUGGGGGAGUCUGUGGUAGUUGUGCUCCAUUACUUCUUCGGACUUAACUUUCUCUCGUGUCUUUAGUUUCCUUCAUUCACCCUUGUUCCAGACAGGAUGGAGCCAGUGGUAUUUUUAAUAUUCUUGUACUGUUAGUUUCCUCAGUUUUGCCUCUGUAACCCAGUUCUCUUAUACCAAAACCCUCUGUGUACCCUUCCUGUUAUGCUCAUGUAAAGAAUACAGUUUCAGAAUGCCAAUACGUAUACUGUUACAAACAUGAAAGCUACAGAGGAAAGCUGAACACGUCUUUGCAAUUUUUGUUUUUGUCCUUCGAGUGCAUCCCACUAAAGAUGACUAGUUAAAAUAUCGUGUUCUAGAGUCCCCAGGAAUAAAUCUUUCCUCGGGGUGACUAUGCUACCAGUUUGGCAUGUGGUUAGGUUGGUAUCUUUCAGUGUCUGUUCAGUUUAAGAAAUCUUUUAAUGAAGCUUUUUGGAAAUUGAUAAGACAUUUGCAUGAUUGGAAGGUCAAAACUAUAUAGGUGUUGAUACAACAACAGCCACAUAGACCAAGGGAACAGAACCGAGAAUCCGGACAUAAAUCCAUCCACAGAUGAGCAGCUGAUAUUUCACAAAGGCCCAGUGUCAGUUAAAUGGGGAAAAGACAGUCCCUUUAACAAAUGGUGCUGGCAUAACUGGAUGUCCAUCUGCAAAAAAUGAAACAAGACCCAUACCUCACACCGUGUACAAAAACUAACUCAAAAUGGAUCAAAGACCUAAAUAUAAAAUCUAAAACAAUAAAGAUCAUGGAAGAAAAAAAUAGGGAGAAUGCUAAGAGCCCUAAUACAUGAUAUAAACAGUAUACAAAACAUUACUAACAAUGCACAAACACCAGAAGAGAAACUAGAUAACUGGGGGCUCCUAAAAAUCAAACACCUAUGCUCAUCCAAAGACUUCACCAAAAGAGUAAAAAGAUUAUCUACAGACCGGCAAAAAGUUUCUAGCUAUGACAUUUCCAGUCAGCGUCUGAUCUCUAAAAUCUACAUGCUCCUGCAAAAACUCAACAACAAAAAGACAAAUAGCCCAAUUAAAAAAUGGGCAAAGGAUGUGAACAGGCACUUCGCUAAAGAAGACAUUCAGGCAGCUAACAGAUACAUAAGGAAAUGUUCACGAUCAUUAGCCAUUAAAAAAAAAAAACAUUAGCCAUUAGAGAAAUGCAAAUCAAAACUACAAUGAGAUUCCAUCUCACUCCAACAAGGCUGGCAUUAAUCCAAAAAACACAAAAUAAUAAAUAUUGGAGAGGUUGUAGAGAGACUGGAACACUUCUACCCUGCUGGUGGGAAUGUAAAAUGGUACAACCGCUUUGGAAAUCGAUAUGGUGCUUCGCUUAAAAAGCUAGAAAUAGACCUACCAUACGAUCCGGGAAUCCCACUCCUUGGAAUAUAUCUUAGAGAAGUAAGAGCGUUUAUGUGAACAGGUAUAUGCACACCCAUGUUCACUGCAGCACUGUUUAUAGUAGCAAAAAGAUGGAAACAACCACGGUGCCCAUCAACAGAUGAAUGGGUAAAUAAAUUAUGGUGUAGUCACACAGUGGAAUACUACACAUCCGUAAAGAACAAUGAUGAAUCUGUGAAACAUUUUAUAACGUGGAGGAAUCUGGAACGCAUUAUGCUAAGUGAAAUUAGUUGAUUGCAAAAAUACAAAUAUUGUAUGAGACCACCAUUGUAAGAACUUGAGAAGUACUUUAAACAGAGAAGAAAAUAUUCUUUGAUGGUUACAAGAGUGGGGAGGGAGAGAAGGAGAGGGGUACUCACUAAUUAGAUAGUAGAUAAGAACUAUUUUAGGUGAAGGGAAAGACAACACAUGAUACAGGAGAGGCCAGCACAGCUGUUCUAAACCAAAAGCAAAGAAGUUUCCUGAAUAAACUGAACGCUUCGAAGGCCAGCGUAGCAGGGUCAGGGGUUUGAGGACCAUGGUUUCAGGGGACAUUUAGGUCAAUUGACAUAAUAAAAUCUAUUACGAAAAUGUUCUGCAUCCCACUUUGGAGAGUAGCAUCUGGAGUCUUAAACACUAUCAGGCGGCCAUCUAAGAUGCAUCAGUUGUUCUCAACCCACCUGGAGCAAAGGAGAAUGAAGAACACCAAAGACCCAAGGUAAUUAUGAGCCCAAGAGACAGAAAGGGCCACAUAAACCAGAGACUACAUCAUCCUGAGUCCAGAAGAACCUGAUGGUGCCUGGCUACAACAGAUGACUGCCCUGACAGGGAACACAACAGAGAACCCCUGAGGGAGCAGGAGAGCAGUGGGAUGGAGACCUCAAAUUCUUGGUCUGACUGAGACUAGAAGGACCCCAGAUGUCAUGGUCCCCAGACCUUCUGUUAGCCCAAGACAGGAACCAUUCCCAAAGCCAACUCUUUAGACAGAAAUUGGACUGGACUAUGGGAUAGAAAAUGAUACUGGUGAGGAGUGAGCUUUUUGGAUCAAGUGGACACAUGAGACUGUGUGGGUAGCUCCUGUCUGGAGGGGAGAUGAGAGGGCAGAGGGGGCCAGAAGCUGGUUGAAUGGACACGAAAAUAGAGGGUGGAGGGGAGUGUGCCGUCUCAUUGAGGGGAGAGCAACUAGGAGUACAUAGCAAGGUGUAUAUAAAAUUUUUGUAUGAGAGACUGAUGAUUUGUAAACUUUCACUUAAAGCUCAAUAAAUUAAAAAAAAACAAACUAUCUAGAUGUUAAACCUGGAGAAUGAGUUUGUUAUGUUAUUCAAGCUAGGUAGAGGGGAAUACAUAGUAACAUCUUGUCUUGCCCCUGCCCUCUUCACUCUGUUCCCUCACACACACAUUUUUUUAUUAUCCUCUGAUUCUUAUAUUUUGCAGCUUCAGUGUGAAUGUGGUGUGUGUGUGUACACGAGUGUGUGUGUUAUUAUCCUCCUUUUAUUUAUAUAAGAGGCAACAUACCAUAUAUGUUGUUCUACCUCUUGACUUUUUUCUCAUAACAAUGUGUCCUGAAGCCCUCACUAUUAUUAGUACGUGGAGAUUAUCUUUGGUCUUUUUUAUGGCCGCAGAGUCCUCCAUCUGGUUGAUGUACGGUAGUUUAUGGAACAACGGCAUGAUCUUGGGUUGUAUCCACUCCUCUGCUGUUACAAACCAUCUGUCAUGAGUAUCCUUGUAUACAUGUCAUUCCAUCCUUACGUAGGUGCAUCUGUGGGGUGGAAUCCUAGAUGUGGGGAGUGUGUGGGGUCAAGGAUAACUACAUCUGUGACUUAAAAAAAGGUAUUGACAAAUUCCCCCGUUUUCACCGUAUUUUGCUCUCACAAGCAAUAUGUGAAAGUGCCUAUUUCACUAGAGUGUUACCUACAGAAUCUGUUGUCAGGCUUUUAGAUUUUUGCUGGUAGAUGAAAAAUGGUAUUUCUUUUCUUUUUUUCAUUUCAACUUGUAGUGACCCUGUGUGUGUCAGAGUAGAACUGUGCUCCACAGGAUUUUCUUUCUUUCUUUUUUAUUGUACUUUAGAUGAAGGUUUACAGAACAAACUAGUUUCUCAUUAAACAGUACACAUAUUGUUUUAUGACAUUGGUUAACAACAUCACAACGUGUCAGCUCUAUCCCUUCUUGACCUUGGGUUCCCUAUUACCAGCUUUCCUGCCCCCUCCUGCCUUCUGGUCCUUGCCCCAGGGCUGGUGUGCCCUUUUAGUCUCGUUUUGUUUUUAUGGGCCUGUUCAAUCUUUGGCUGAGGGGGACCCUAAGGAGUGACUUCAUUACUGAGCUGAAAGGGUGUCCAGGGGCCAUACUCUCAGGGUUUCUCCAGUCUCUGUCCGGCCAGCAAGUCUGGUCUUUCCUUUUGAGUUAGAAUUUUGUUCUAUAUAUUUUUCCAGCUCUGUCAAGAACUCUCUAUUGUGAUCCCUGUCAGAGCAGCCAUUGGUGGUAGCAGGGUACCAUCUAGUUGUACUGGACUCAGCCUGGUGGAGGCCAUGGUAGAUGUGGUCCAUUAGUCCUUUAGACUAAUCUUUUCCUUGUAUCCUUAGUUUUCUUCAUUCUCCCUUGCUCCUGAAGGGAUGAGACCAGUGGAGUAUCCUAGAUGGCUGCUCACAGGCUUUUAAGACUCUAGAUGCUACUUACCAAAAUAGAAUGUAGAACAUUUUCUUUAUAAACUAUGUUAUGCCAGUUGAGCUAGAUGUUCUCCGAGACCAUGGUCGCCACAGCCCUCAGCCCAGCAAUUCGGUCCCUCAGGGAAUUUGGAUGUAUCUGUGGAGCUUCCGUGACCUUGCCUUCUGCAGGCUGGGCUGGCUUCCCCAGUAUUGUGUACUGUCUCACCCUUCACCACAGUUACCAGGGAAGUGGUAUUUCACUGUAGUUUUAAUUUACAUUUCUCUUAUUAUAAAUGAGGUUGAGCAUCUUCCAUUUAAGUGUCAUUUUGUAUAUCUUUUUAUGUUCAUUGUAUUUUGAAUGUUAUACAUUUUCUCACUAUGUUGGUCUUUUUCUUUAGUUCUAGGAGCUCUUUAUAUAUCGUCUGUAAUAUAAGUAGCAGAUUUUUUUCCCCAGUUGAUCAUGUGCAUUUUGGUUCACUUAUCUUUUGCCCUUCAAAAAUAUGUUUAAGUUUAUGUAAUUGAAUUUAUCUUCUUUUCAGUGGCUUCUGUGUUUUGAGUCAGAGUCAGAAAGGCUUUCCCUAUUUCAGACAUUUCAGGUCCCUCUUACGACCUUUGGAAUUUUGUUUUUUCCAUUUACAUCUUGGUUAAUUUGGGUUCAUACAAGGGUAUGUUCUGAGGUUUGGAUCCAACUUUAUAUUUUUUCAGAUGGCUACUCAAUUGCUGGAAACCCUGGUGGCAUAGUGAUUAAGAGCCACGUCUGCUAACCAAAAGUUAAGCAGUUCGAAUCCACCAGGCGCUCCUUGGAGACUCUAUGGUGCGGUUCUACUCUGUCUUAUAGGGUUGCUAUGAGUCGGAAUCAACUUGAUGGCAAUGGGUUUGGUUUGGUUUUGGUUUACUCAAUUGCCCCAAAACCAUUUAUUUAAAAGUUUAUCUUUUCCCCACAGUACCAUGAUGUCUGCUUUGUCGUAUAACUAAGUUCCUAUGUGUUUUGAGGUCCGUUUCUAUUUCUGCUGUUCUGCUGGUUGGUCUGCCCAUGUGCCGAUGGAUACCACAGUGUUUUAGUUAUUGAGGUUUGUAUUAUCUUUUACUAUUUCAAAGGACUAGUUCUCCCUCACUGCUCUUCCCUGUCAGUGUCCCUGGCUGUUCUCCUUGUUUGUUUUUCUACAUGUCAACGUGCCUGAUUCCAGAAGAAGAUGGGUUGGUAUUUUCAUUGGAAUCCCAUUAAAUUUUUGCAUUACUUAGGAGGAAUUAGAGCCCCGAUAGUGCGGUGGUUAAGAGCUAUGGCUGCUAACCGAAAGGUCAACAGUUCAAAUCUACCAGCCACUCCUUCGAAACCCUGCUGGGGCAGUUCUACUCUGUCCUGUAGGGUCACUAUGAGUUGGAAUAGACUUGACAGCAAGUGGGUUUGGGGUUUUUUGUUUGUUUGUUUGUUUAGGGGGAAUUAAUGGCUGUAGGAGACUGAGUCCACCUGUCUAAGCUCAGGCUAUCUUUCAGGCAGUUCUUUUUGUGUGUACUUUAGUUUUAAGUUUUCUACAUAAAAACUUUAUAUGUUUCUCGUUAAGCUUAUUUUUUAUACAUACGGUCUUUCGUUAUUGUCUUGUAAUUGGUGGUUGUUUGCAUAUAUGAAGGCAACUGAUUUUCUUGACAAUUUUAUUGAGAUGUAAUUCACACGAUUCACCCGUUUAAAGUGUGCAGUUUAGUGGUUUUUAGUGUAUUUACAGAGUUGUGCAGCUAUCAUCAUGUCUAAUUUUAGAACAUUUUUAUCACACUCCAAAAGAAGCCCUGGGCCCUUUCUUAGUCAUUGCCAUUUCUACUCCCUGGAAACCACUGGUCUACUUUCUGUCUAUAGAUUUGCCUGUUCUGGACAUUUUGUUAUAAAUGGCAUCAUCCAAUAUGUGGUCUUUUGUGUCCGGUUUAAUGUGAUUUUUCAAGGUUCAUCCAUGUUGUAGCAUGUAUUGGUCCUUCAUUCCUUUUUAUGGCCCUAGAUUCUGUUGGUAUUGAAGACUGCUUGGUUGUAUACAUAAGGCAGAGAUGAGAAAUUCGGACAAGGUAUUAUAUGGACCUAGGAAUAGGGAGUUUUGAAUGAAAUCUACCAGUUCACACAUAUUUCAGAAGUCUCAGGUGUUUAUAAAGGGCUACGUUUCAAAGGUACUUAUCUGGACCCAAAAUAUAUUUAUCAAAAGAAAGAACUGGUAUUGGUUAAGAUUAGGGUCUCAAGCUAGCCUGUAAAGAUUAUUUAAGAGAGCAUAGCUGAAAUACAUGUGUUGUAUGGGAAGGGGAAAUAAUUUAAUGUCAGAAAAAUAAUAUUGAUAAGAAAUUAUUACUUCUCUUUAGAAUCAGGUUUGAAGAAAGGUAUAUUAGUUAUAGAAAUAGGUGAGAUAUCACAUGUAUGUAUUUGCAGGAGAGCUUUGGACACUGUUGGAGGAUUUAGAGACUGACAAUACAGGAUUUCUAUGUCGCUCCAACAUUGUUUCAAAAUAUGUGACUUUUAGCAUGACUAUUACAGCAGGUUCCUUAGAAGCAAGGAUGGCGAGACUUCUCACUUACGUUGGACUUGUUAUCAGGAGGGACCAGUCCCUGGGGGACAUCAUGCUUGGUGAAGUAGAGGGUCAGUGAAAAAGAGGAAGACCCUCAAUGAGAUGGAUUAACACAGUGGCUACAACAGUGGGCUCAGACAUAACAACGAUUGUGAAUAUGGUGCAGGACUGGGCAGUGUUCGUUCUGUUGUACAUAGGGUCACUAUGAGUCGGAACCGACCCAAUGGCACCUAACAACAACAACAUUACACUUAGGUUUGUUAGGCAUGUAUGGAUUCGGCGUAGGGGGGAGAGAGAGAGAUUCAUUCAUUCAUUCAUUGGAUGACCAAAACAAAUUAAUUUCCCUAAAGUAUCUGGGCCUGAGAGAUGGAGAAGGUAGAACAGGAUUCAAAAGGAUAUGCCUUUGCCAUGAGAAAACAUUUCCCAGAAAGGAAUUAAUUGAGGAUUGAGCUGUAUGAGAUAAAAGCCAUAUCCGAGGGGCAGAUAGAUUAAGAAAGAUAGCUGCAGGACCAACUUGAGCCAAUGGAUGAAAGCUACAGGAAGCAGCUUUAAUCAUAUCGUAGGUCAGCACAUGACAAUGUGGAGGUCUCUCCACAAAUGGACAGCCCAGUGAUUCCCUUGGUCUGCAUGAGCACCUUUCUGUGUGUCCCCCACGAUGGAUGACUGGACUAGAUGACUGUUAAGAUUUCUCCUGAGAGAGUUUGAUAGCCGUGAGAAUGCUCAGUCUCACUGAAAGGAAGAAUUGGGAAAACAUGCUGGGUGAUUCCCCUUGUUGGCUCAAGAGAGCUUGGUUUCUCUUUGGAGAGAGGCGGACAGUAGAAAACGAAGUGUUGUUUUGUGGAGCGCUUGUCAGUAGAUUACUGGUUAGGAUGCUGUUAGCUUCAAGGAGCGGAACCCAAACUCAGAGUGCUUAAACAAAAGGAAGUCACUGUCUCAUUAACAAGACAUUGUGCGGUGCUCAGCUCUAGGGUCGGUCAUAAAGAACCAGGUUCUGUCCAUGUUUCUGCCCCGCUGUCCUUGGUGUGUUGGCAAGAUGGCGGCCAUUUCAGGUAUAACGCCCAAACUCACCCUUGUCCACAGGAAAAAAGAGAUCAUCUGUUCGUAGUGGACCCUUUUGAAGAGCAAGAAAAUAUUAACUAGGAGCCUUCUGGCAAAUCUCCCUUCACAUCUCAUGUGCCAGUACCUACAUCAGCCUUUGGCAAAGGGAGUGGGGUGACCCCUCGCUGAUCAGGACAGCCCCUACACUGGGAGGUCACCCUCCCUGAGGUCAGGUGUCUGAACGGUGUGUGUUUGCGCAGACUUGGUUUAUUUUGUUGUUGUUGAGAAUAUACACAGCAAAACAUAACGCCAGCUCAACAGCUUCUGCACGUACAGAGACACUUACUACAUCCUUCAAGUUGUGCAGCCAUCCUCAUCCUGCUUUUCUGCAUUGUUCCUCCCCCAUUAGCAUAAACUCACUACCCCCUAACGUUCGUCAAUCUGGUGGUUCGAAUCCACCCAGAAACACCUUGGAAGAAAGGCCUGGCAAUCUACUUCCGAAAGGUAACGUUGAAAACGCUGUGGAAUACAGUACUACUCUGCCACGCAUGGGCUUGCCGUGAGUCAGGAUCGACUUGGCAGCAACUCGUCUGGUUUUGGUUUAUGGUAUGGUAAAGGUAUAUAAAAAGGAUGGUGUUCCUGUAGGUCCUUAGCAAAUUGUUUUACAAGCCAAUUCUUUGUUAUUUGAAAUUAAUUUUUAGAAUGACUUUUGUAAGAGAGGAAUAGCUGCUGUAGAUUUGGUUAACACACUAUAUAGAUGUUGUUGUUUCUUUUUCCUGACCUGACUUGGUAGAACCAGCUUUCUGGCCCUAAACAGGCCCCUUCCUACUAAUUUCUGUCCUGAUAUGAUUUCCAGCUCUGCUGUAGGCCGGCACCUUGGACUGAGGUUCUGGGGACCCUGGUUUUUAUUACCUGCCUCUGGGCGGUGAUGGCUCAGUGGUAGAGCCUCACCUUCCAUCCUGGAGACCCAGGUUCAGUUCGUGGCCAGUGCGCCUCACGGGCAGCCACCAGCCCGUCUGUCACUGGAGACCGUCUCUGAAGUAUGUGGUUCUAGCUCUUUCCUCGUGGCUUCCACAAAAAAGCCCUUUUCUCCACCAUUGCUGCAGCUGGAUGAGUUCUUCACCCCAAACUAGAUGCCAACAUUUUUUGAGCGUCUACCAUUUGUGCGUCUUACGGGAGACCUGGACAAAACAGCUCUUGUCCUAAAAGUGAUUCCGGAAAUAAAGGGCAAGGCUCUGACAUACAGUGGCCCCUCUUUCUAGCCCUUCUGUCUAGGGCUGAUGAUUUAGCAGCAUUUUUUUCAUCACUUCUAAGGGUGUCUCUCUGAGUCCUGGUGGCGCAGAAGUUAAGAGCUUGGCUUAGAGCUAGUCCACAGGUCGGCAGAUGAAAUCCACCAGCCGCCCUUUGGAAGCCCUGUGGGGCAGUUCUGCUCUGUCCUGUAGGGUCACUAUGAGUUGGAAUCGACUUGACGGCAGUGGGCCAGGGCGUCUCUUGGGGAACAGUGGAGUCUGUGGUACCCAGAACUCUGCCCUGAGUGGGAGCAGAGCACAGAGGGGGCCUUGCACCUCCUCCUCCCCUCUGCCGUGGCGCCUGGCUCGGUGGCGCCUGGCUUUGGAGGCAGGUGAAAGCCCCACGGGCAGGGCUGGUGCCCUCACGCUCCGGGUGCAACCUUUAGUCCAGGAAAGCUGCCAGUCUUCACUUCCAGGAACGCUGUCUCCCUAAAUGGAACAGUCUGCUUAAAGGCUCCUGGCGGGUGCCUCCCCAUCACACCAUGGGCCUGAUUAAAGGGACAGGGCCACCUUUUCAGUGGCUGUCCUGUGCUGGGUCAGCAUGCUGCUUGGGUGCGUGCUGGUGUGUGCAGUGGGUACACGCAUGUGUAAACACAUCUCAAGCUUCAGCCUUCAUGAUAGUGAUUUCUAGACAUUAUGAGGGUCAUAGGCAUGCAUCGUUUUCAGUGGUCAGUUUCCCUGUCGUAAACUGAAACACCAAUUCACCAGUUGCCGUCAAGUUGAUUCUGACUCAUGGUGACCCCAUGUGUGUUAGAGUAGAACUGUGCUCCACAGGGUUUACAGUGGCUGAUUUUUCAGAAGCAGACUGCCAGGCCUUUCUUCCCAGCUGCCUCUGGGUGGAACUUGAUCCUCCAGCCUUUUGGUUGGCAGCUAAGCAUGUUAAUUGUUUGCACCACCCAGGGACUCCUUCCCUAUUGUGCACACGCUGAAAAAGAGCAAGCCGGCUGCUCUGAUGCACAAGGCUUUUGGAUCUUUCUGGGAAGCACACCUGCCGAGUGAGAGGAAGUCUUUGCUCUGUGUGUCCCUGUGUCAGAAUUUGAGUUAUCACUCGCGACACCUGUGUCUCCCCCCACCACUGUUCACCUUCUGCUUGUUUGCCCUGUCUCAGGCCGUGCCAUGGCGUUAUUUACCUGUAGAAUCGGUGCUGGUCUCAGCGAGCAGAACAUCUUCGUGCUUGCUUGUCCUUACUCGAUUUCUGGCUCAGCUGCAGGCCAGCCCCUUGGCCUGAACUUCUGGGGAAGCUGGUUUUUAUUACCUGCCUCUCGAUGGUGGGGGUUCAGAGGUAGAAUCCUCACCUUCUGUGCAUGAGACCCGGGUUUGAUCCCAGGCCAGUGCCUCUCAUGCGCAGCUACCGCCCAUCUGUCCAUGAAGACUUGCAUGUUGCUACGAUGCUGAACAGGUCUCAGUAGAGCUUCCAGACUAAGACUAGGAAGAAAGGCCUGGUCCUCUACUUCUAAACAGUCAGCCAAUGAAAGCGCUAAGGACCACAGCAGUCUGAUCUACAACUGAUCAUGGGGCAGCAUUUUGCUGGGUUGUGCAUGGAGUCAGGGCCCCACAACAACAAUGCAGCUUAAACCCGACUCCAGGGGCGCGCCUAUCCUGGCUGCCCCCUUUUGUUCCUUGUGGACUGCCACGGUUCCAGUCCUGUCCUUCUUAGAUGUCGGUCUUUCAGCAAUGUCUGGGGCCCACUGUGUGUAACAGUAAAAAACACAGCCAUGCCUUGCAGAGUCACCUUUCAGAGGAACAGAAGACAGACGUGCACCGUGCUGAGAGGGGGACUGCCCCCCGUGGGGUGUGGGCUGGGACACAUCCGUACUCGUGUUUGCUGUGUCCAUCGCCUGGGUCCCCAGUUCAGCCCACAGCAGAGGCGCUGAGCUGGCCUUGGAAGCUAUGGAACUUUCGGCCUCAGGUGUCUCAGAAGCCCUCACAUUUCCCACGGCCAGUACGGCUGGCUCCAUAGACGAAGAUGUAGGUUGUUUUUGUUCCCUUCCGUGGGAGAAAGCAGCAUCAACCCUUUGGUAAAUGAUGGGUCAGCGAGAAGGAGGAUUUGCUUUGCAGGAGUCGACUUUGGAGGACACGUGUCUCAAAGGCAAAGGAAACCUGGAGAUAGUGCUGCUGGGAUACUGGCACGGUGGCCCAGCCCCAGGAGGUCAGCUUUGGAUGCUUUCAUGAAGAUUUUGAUUUUUCCUGUAGUUCAGAAGAGAGGUGGACGCGACAGGGCAGAGGGAGGACGGUGAGUGUGGGGUGAGAAAAUUGGGCCACCGGGAUCUAAAGGGAUGUUUGUCCUUCCGUCACACACAAAAGAAUUCAGAGAUUUGAGGAGAGCAUGAGGAUGCAGCCUGCUUCAGGUGUCUCCGUGGGCGCAGGUGUCUGCAGACAGCAGGGGAGUGAAGACUCAAGUGGAGAGGUGGGGCUUACUGGCAUCGGGGAUGCAGCGAGCUGUUUGGACCUCAUUACUGCCCGGGUGAAAGAAAAGGUGUGUGUGUGUGUGUGUGUGUGUGUGUGUGUAUGCAGGUGUGUGUGCAUGUGCAGGUGUGUGUAUGCAGGUGUGUGUGCAUGCAGGUGUGUGCAUGUGCAGGUGUGCGCAUGUGCAGGUGUGUAUGUAUGCAGGUGUGUGCAUGUGUGCAUAUGCAGGUGUGUGUGUAUACAGGUGUGUUUGCAUGUGUGUAUGCAGGUGUGUGCGUGCAUGCAGGUGUGUGCGUGUGUGUGUGAGUAUGCACGUGCACACAUGCAAGUGUGUGUAUGCAGGUGUGCAGGUGUCUGUGUUUUUGAGUCGUGUUCCAGUGCUCAUGGCACCCACCUCCCCAGCCCCGUCAGCCCUCAUGCCCCCUGUCUCUCAGAUGGGCUGCUUGGUGGGGUAAAAUCAGCACACACGGUUGGCCCAGCAGAAGUCUAUGUUUGUCCAUCUGUCCAUCCAUUCGUUUAUGCAUCCAUUCAUCGAGCCCUCCGUCCGUCCGUCCAACCAUCCUCAAGGAAGCCUUCUCCAAAGCCCCAGUUGCUCUCCUCUCCCUCUCACAGGCUGGAGCUGGGCAGUCAGUGAUCAGCUGAGACUGGCCAGGACUGAGUCACAUCGGCGGCUGGGGGUUGGGUGACGUCAGAACCAAAGCGGGGCUCAGCCAGGGGGCAGAGGGAGUGCUGUGAGGCAAGUCUGCUUCAAAAUGUUUGUUUCUUUAUAUUUUACCCCAAAUAUGUGAUGUUUUUAGCUCUAGCAUAACCCAACCAACAACCCAGUACCGUCGAGUCAAUUCCGACUCAUAGCGACCCUAUAGGACGGAGUAGAACUGCCCCAUAGAGUUUCCAAGGAGCGCCUGGCGUAUUCGAACUGCUGACCCUUUGAUUAGCAGCCGUAGCACUUAACCACUACGCCACCAGGGCUUCCAUAGCAGUCUCUAAAUCUGGCUGUGUUUACCGGGGGAGUUAUUUUAAUUGAAUCCUGUUUGAUUAGUCAUUUAUACCCACCUUGUUCCACAGAUUCCGAUUUGUGAACUUGAUGUACUUGAUGUAGCGUGAGCACAGACGCUGUAAUAAACAAGGGGAGACAGGAGAGAAGGCAAGAGCAGGGCCAGGAUACAUGCAAAUGAAUGUAAGGGUUCAAAGGUGCGGGCGGGGAGAGAACCACAGACAGACAGGCGACUGGGCCCUGACACCCUGCUGCAGGUCCUCACGCCAGCCCUGAGCUUCUGGGCACCGGAGAGGAACGUGGUCACUCUCGGAAUCCUCACCAGAGGAAGUACACGCCAAAUGUUAAAUGUUCCUAACAUUAAACUCUGCGCUGCACGUGAGUGUUUACCUGGAAAGCCCUGAGCGGGAGCCACAGCAAACAGAGACCAGGGUCGCACAGCUCCUUGUCGCACAGUCCUCGUUGGACGCUCAAUGUCAGCCCACAACGCAUGGAAAGCCACCCCCCACAGCACCGGAACCAGAAGUCUGAGUACUUAGCCGUUUCCACUGUGUGGUUUGAUGCCUGGCAGGGACCCAAAAUACCCAGUGGAGCUGCUGGACGGCCUGUCUGCCAGCCGAUCUUCCUGUGGCUGCUUUACACACACACACACACGUGUACACGCUCACACAUGUAUACAAAUGCAUAUAUGCACUCAGUUACAUGUACACACAUAUACACAGGUACACAUACAUAUGUUUACACAAUAUAUGUAUGUGCACAUACAUAUGUUGUUGUGUGCCAUCGAGUGGAUUCCAAGUCAUAGCAACCACGUGUGACAGAGUAGAACUGCCCCAUAGGGUUUCCUAGGCUGUAAUUUUUAGAGGAGCAGAUCGCCAGGUCUUUUCUCCAGAGGAGUGGCUGGGAUUCAAGCUGCUGACCUUUCAGUUAGCAGCUGAGUGCUUAACCGUUCCACCCCCGGGGCUCCUUGUGUACGUAUACAAAUGCACAUAUAAACACACAUAUACAUACCCAUAGACACACAUACUUGCACAGUAUACACAUGCAUACUCACAUGCACGUACACGUGUACACACACGUAUAGGAAGGGGCAGUUAAAGAUGACUCUGCUGUCUUCCGUGCUGCCGUCCUGCCCGCUGACUGAGGCGUUAGGGCUCGCCUGGAAAGGCUGGCAUCUUUUGCAGAAACCCAGGCCUCUGUUUCAGAUGCUCACAGAGGACAGUUCUAUUUUUGUAAAUAGGAUAAUUGGGUGGAAAACGGUGCUAAUAUCUGUCUUUAUUUAACCACUCCAAGGGACAGCCUCACUGUUAAAACCACGAGACCACAGCCAGAACCCUCCGUUUGCUGGGGACCCGGGGCUUCACGCAGGCGAAGCGCCCGACGGGUGUGGAGGCUGGAGGCCAGACUGUCCGUGUUACUGUCUCAGAUGGGUGGACUGAGGCUUAAGGACGUGAAUUCGCUUGUCCGAGAUCUUUCAUCUAGCACAUGUCAAUGGCUUCAAGCCUGGAUUGAUGGUCCACUCUGUGCCGUGUUACAUGGGUUUCUGGGUGUCUGUGCUGGGUAUGGCCUCACGUGUGCAAGUUUUCUCCCCUCCCACCCUUCAAUCAAGUGCCUUCUGUAGUGUGAAGAAACUGAAAGUCGAGCCUAGCUCCAACUGGGACAUGACUGGGUACGGCUCUCACAGCAAAGUCUACGGCCAGAGCAAGAACGUACCACCAUCACAGCCAGCUACCGCAACCGUCAGCACCUCCUUGCCCGUCCCAAACCCAAGCCUACCUUACGAGCAGACCGUCAUCUUCCCAGGCAGCACCGGGCACGUCGUCGUAACAUCAGCAAGUAGCACUUCUGUCACUGGGCAGGUUCUCGGGGGACCACACAACCUAAUGCGUCGAAGCACUGUGAGCCUUCUCGAUACCUACCAAAAAUGUGGGCUCAAGCGUAAGAGCGAGGAGAUUGAGAACACGAGCAGCGUGCAGAUCAUCGAAGAGCACCCACCCAUGAUUCAGAACAAUGCCAGCGGGGCCACUGUAGCCACUGCCACGACGUCAACUGCCACCUCCAAAAACAGCGGCUCCAACAGCGAGGGCGAUUACCAGCUGGUCCAGCAUGAGGUGCUGUGCUCCAUGACCAACACCUACGAGGUCCUCGAGUUUCUGGGCCGAGGGACAUUUGGGCAAGUGGUCAAGUGCUGGAAGCGGGGUACCAACGAGAUUGUGGCCAUCAAGAUCCUGAAGAACCACCCGUCAUAUGCCCGGCAGGGCCAGAUCGAAGUGAGCAUCCUGGCCCGCCUGAGCACCGAAAGCGCGGAUGACUACAACUUUGUGCGGGCCUACGAGUGCUUCCAGCACAAGAACCACACAUGCCUGGUCUUCGAGAUGCUGGAGCAGAACCUCUAUGACUUUCUCAAGCAGAACAAGUUCAGCCCCUUGCCCCUCAAGUACAUUCGCCCCGUGCUCCAGCAGGUUGCCACGGCCCUGAUGAAGCUGAAGAGCCUGGGUCUCAUCCAUGCAGACCUCAAACCAGAGAACAUCAUGCUGGUGGAUCCAUCCAGACAGCCCUACAGGGUCAAGGUCAUCGACUUUGGCUCCGCCAGUCACGUGUCCAAGGCGGUGUGCUCCACCUACCUGCAGUCUAGAUAUUACAGGGCCCCUGAGAUCAUCCUCGGUUUACCAUUUUGUGAAGCAAUCGACAUGUGGUCCCUGGGCUGUGUCAUUGCGGAGCUGUUCCUGGGCUGGCCGCUGUAUCCAGGCGCUUCAGAGUAUGACCAGAUCCGGUAUAUUUCACAAACGCAAGGUUUGCCAGCUGAAUAUUUAUUAAGUGCAGGAACAAAGACAACUCGGUUUUUCAACCGUGACACCGACUCGCCGUACCCUUUGUGGAGGCUGAAGGCACCAGACGACCACGAAGCAGAGACGGGGAUCAAGUCGAAAGAAGCAAGGAAGUACAUUUUCAACUGUCUGGAUGACAUGGCCCAGGUGAACAUGACGACAGACUUGGAAGGGAGCGACAUGUUGGUGGAGAAGGCCGACCGGCGGGAGUUCAUUGACCUGUUAAAGAAGAUGCUGACCAUAGACGCUGACAAGAGGGUCACACCGAUCGAGACCCUGAACCACCCAUUUGUCACCAUGACUCAUCUCCUCGACUUCCCCCAUAGUACACACGUCAAAUCCUGUUUCCAGAACAUGGAAAUUUGCAAGCGUCGGGUGAAUAUGUACGACACGGUGAACCAGAGCAAAACCCCUUUCAUCACACACGUGGCCCCCAGCACGUCCACCAACCUGACCAUGACCUUUAACAACCAGCUGAACACUGUCCAUAACCAGGCUCCCACCUCCACCAGUGCCACUCUUUCCUUAGCCAAUCCCGAAGUCUCCAUACUAAACUACCAAUCUGCACUCUACCAGCCCUCCGCGGCGUCCAUGGCUGCAGUGGCCCAGCGUACCAUGCCCUUGCAGACUGGAACAGCCCAGAUUUGUGCCCGGCCUGACCCCUUCCAGCAAGCUCUCAUCGUGUGUCCCCCCGGCUUCCAAGGGUUGCAGGCCUCUCCCUCAAAGCAUGCCGGCUACUCAGUGCGAAUGGAGAACGCUGUGCCCAUCGUCACGCAAGCCCCAGGAGCUCAGCCUCUUCAGAUCCAGCCGGGUCUGCUUGCCCAGGCCUGGCCCAGUGGGACCCAGCAGAUCCUGCUCCCCCCCGCGUGGCAGCAGCUCACGGGCGUGGCCACCCACACGUCCGUGCAGCACGCGACCGUGAUUCCCGAGACCAUGGCAGGCACCCAGCAGUUGGCCGACUGGAGGAACACACAUGCCCAUGGCAGCCAUUACAAUCCCAUCAUGCAGCAGCCUGCACUGCUGACAGGUCACGUGACACUUCCAGCCGCCCAGCCCGUGAACGUGGGUGUAGCCCACGUGAUGCGCCAGCAGCCCACCAGCACCACCUCCUCCAGGAAGAGUAAGCAGCACCAGUCAUCGGCAAGGAACAUGUCCACCUGCGAGGUGUCCUCCUCUCAGGUGGUCGGCUCCCCGCAGCGGUCCAAGCGCGUCAAGGAGAACACACCCCCGCGCUGCGCCAUGGUGCACGGCAGCCCGGCCUGCAGCUCCUCCGUCACCUGCGGGUGGGGCGACGUGGCCUCCAGCAGCACCAGGGAGCGGCAGCGGCAGACGAUUGUCAUCCCUGAUACCCCCAGCCCCACUGUCAGCGUCAUCACCAUCAGCAGCGACACAGAUGAGGAGGAGGAACAGAAGCACGCCCCCACCAGCACCGUCUCCAAGCAGAGAAAGAACGUCAUCAGCUGUGUCACGGUCCACGACUCCCCCUACUCCGACUCCUCCAGCAACAACAGCCCCUACUCUGGGCAGCAGCGGGCUGGCCACAGCAGCACCCACACCUUCGACAGCAAGGGUGGCCUGGACGUCCACUGCCCCGGGAACCCCCGGACCAUCAUCGUGCCACCCCUGAAGACCCAGGCCAGCGAGGUGCUGGUGGAGUGUGACAGCCUCGUGCCAGUCAGCACUGGCCACCACUCAUCCUUCUACAAGUCCAAGUCCUCUAGCAACAUGACCUCCACCAGCGGUCACUCUUCAGGGAGCUCGUCUGGAGCCAUUGCCUACCGGCAGCAGCGGCCAGGGCCGCACUUCCAGCAGCAACAGCCUCUGAAUCUCAGUCAGGCCCAGCAGCACAUCACCGCGGACCGUGCGGGGAACCACCGCCGGCAGCAAGCCUACAUCGCCCCCACGAUGGCCCAGGCCCCCUACUCCUUCCCACACAACAGCCCCAGCCAUGGCGCGGUUCACCCCCACCUGGCCGCUGCGGCUGCCGCCCACCUCCCAGCCCAGCCUCACCUGUACACCUACACCGCACCCGCGGCCCUGGGCUCCACCGGCACCGUGGCCCACCUGGUGGCCUCCCAGGGCUCGGCGCGCCACCCUGUGCAGCACACCGCCUACCCAGCCAGCAUCGUCCACCAGGUGCCCGUUAGCAUGGGCCCGCGGGUGCUGCCCUCGCCCACCCUCCAUCCAAGUCAGUACCCUGCCCAGUUCGCCCACCAGACCUACAUCAGCGCCUCGCCGGCCUCCACCGUCUACACUGGAUACCCGCUGAGCCCCGCCAAGGUCAACCAGUACCCUUAUCUAUAAACACUGGGGGGAGUGGGGGACGGAUGGCGGAGGGGCGGGCUUUUUAUACUGAAGACCCUGCCUCACACAGACAAUGCGAAUGGGGCAGGGGAGGGCGGGUGGGAUGGAUGAAACUUGAACUAGGAGGUGGGACGCCUGGAGCAGAGAAGAGAAUGUUUUGAAAGGAAGGGAUUCAGGAGGGGAGAAAUCUAUGCUUUUUAUUUUAAAAAAGGAAAAAAAAAGAAAACGUCAGUAAGAGAAAACACAGCUCUCGAGCCCAUUCUGCAUCCAACUGGAAUAGAGAAGAGGAGCACCACGGAAGAUUCCGGAAGCAGGGGCCCCAGUAUUUGAAGAACUUUAUCUAUGAACUUCUCAAAGAUUAUUUUCUUAUGGCAGCAAGUGAUAUUUAAGAAUUUGCUGCCAGGGACGCCUGAUACGGAAAUCCAAUAGAUUUUUUUAAUGAAUUAAACGUAAGAAUUAGGGAUUUUUCCAGAACUCUGAAGAGUCAGCCCCCACUCCUCCAGAAUGCCAGACUGAGGUCUGAGGAGGCUGAUGUUUGGGGGUUGGUCUGGGGUUGGCAAGGCCAAGAGGCGGGAGGAGAGGAUGCCUGGUUCUGGGAGGUGGCCGGGCUGGUAGAGAGCCCUGGAGGGGGGACUUCUCCUCUUCCAGAGCACUCUGGACAAAUCCCUAAGCAAUGUGAUUCCUAAAACGUCAUUAAUCAUGUGUGUGGCAAAGUUGAGUUUGUUUUCUGAGGAUUUCUGUUCUCUUUGACUCAACCCCUAGUUGCGUAGCGUAGGGCUAGCGGUCGUCGCCGACCCCUGAGUAGAAUGUAGCACUCUGCAUCCUCAUUUUCAACUUUGUGUUCAACUCCAAUGAUACCAAUAGACUACUCUUCAAUGUGAUUGCACAAAAAUAAGUGAUUUAACACAGGCGUGUGACCAGCGUGGUGGCCCUGGCGUGUGAGCGUGAGCGUGUACGUGUGUGUGCGUGCGAGUGUCCCUGUGUGUCCCGGCACCGCCACCAUCACAGCCCUCCCAGUCCUGGUUUUACAUCUCCCCUCCUAGUGCCUUACGAAGGGCAGCCGCGUCAAAGGUUCACCUCCACGGGUACUCUCAGCAGCCAGCCAAGGCUAGCCGGAUGAAAGCCCACUCUUCCACCGUUGGAACGUUCUACUCUGGCCUUUCCUUUUGUCAUUGUUUUCAGUUUCAUAUUCAUGUCCUCAGGCUGUCUGCUCACAGAGGGGUGUUGUGUGCGGCCGGGCUGGGCGGAGGGAGUCUGUAUAGCUUGAGAGGGAGAACAGGUGGAUCUGAUAGGCAUGGCUUGAUGGAGCUCUACUUGAGGAACAGGGAACAAGAGACUCCACAUCCUGCACCCUCGCCCCUCUCUGUCCCAGCUCGGUGGAGUGGAACCAAAGGUCACAUCUCUGGUAGUAACAUUGGCCACAUCCUGCUUCCUUCCCCAACCUCCCAGCCCCCCUACCAUGGAAGGGGAGCCCGGGUGCAUGUCACAGGACCCCAGGCCAUGGCCCCCACUCUCCCCACCAGAAGCUAUUUGUUCUCAGAUGUCACCCCAUUCCCAGCCUUGGGUGGAUCCGUAGGUGGUCUUCUGCCCUUGCCGCUUUGCCACACCUUUCCUCCGCAGACAGACCAUCGCCUCCUACAUCACCCAUGAUCACCCGAGACACGGAUUUAUUUUGGUUUUUGAGGGGCCUGUAGAGGGACCCUUGUGAGGGUCUCCAGGGAGUCUCAUGCCACACCUGCGAAAACACUCCCACGGACAGUUAUGUUUCCAAAGAAGUUUGCCCUCUGCCCUCUUCCACCUUUGAUAUGUUCUGGACGUUUUCUCAGGCUUUGAACACUGCUGGGGGCCAGGGGUGGGGAAGGUUCUCUCUAUUCAUAAUUUAUAACAAAUUACUCUUCAUGUGAACGUAGGGAGAAUCUUUCCAUCCACAGAUGGGGCUUGACAGGGGUUCCAGUUGUCUGAUUCUUGAGUCCGAGUCCAUGGCUGGCCCUGAUGCCCAUAACUCAAAUUCAGCAGCCCGACCUUGUCCUGCCUCCCUUUCCUCCCGGCCCACAGCCUCCCUUAGCAGCCUACUGUGAAAGGAGUGUUUAGUGAUCCCAGCAUCAUUCCACUCAGAAGCCAUUACCUUAGCUCUUAGCUGUGAAAUAACUCUGGAAACCCCCCCACCCAACUGCGAAUUCUUAUUUAUCUUACAAAAAAAGGGGUCCCCAAACUGGAGAGACUUAGCCCAGGCCUCAGGCUGGAGGGCAUCAUGACCCCCCUGCCUAGAUGGAGUCAGGAGAGGUUUGCAACCAGCAGGAUACUGUCCUCUUGGUGCCUCGAUCAAUAUGUCUUUGUCUGGAGGUGGGAAGUGCCAGUGUCUGAGACAGUAAGAAAAUAGUCAGUCGGGGAAGGGAGCGGGGCAAGCCUUCAGAGGACACGUGAGCCAGAGCCUCCCCUACCACACCAGCUUGGAAAAUCCCUCUGUCACUGGUACUUUCUGGCAGCCGGAUGGCAGCGAUAUCCCAUCAGACCUUCUCAUGCCAAGUUACAAAAGCAUCUAAUGUUGGCUGUGGCUGAACCUCAGUUUGCCUUAUUGAGUGGCUUCCUGGACCCCUUGCACAGCCAGUUCCGGCCCUUUCUAGAUCUGAUCUUUUAGGGGAAAGGACAAGAAAGCCUUCCAUUCUAAAGAAAAUGCUUUUGUCUGCUGAUUCCUUCAUUUGGCAUCUUCUCUCCUUCUUCCAGGUCAAGAAUGAAAGUUCCCUGCUGCUGUAGAGAUAUCAUUGUACUAAUUAUUUUUGUUGUUGCCAUUAUAAUGAUUAUCGUUAUCAUCACGUUGAUAUUUUAGCUGGGGUUUUAAACGCACAUUAGUUCCAAGUGUCUUUGUGUUUUCUCUUUAAUCUUUAAAUUUAUUAUAUCUGUGAGUAAAUGAGUAGGCUGGAGGGACACCAGAUGUCAGAUUUUGUGAGAUGAAAGACGCAGGAAUUAGGAAGAUUGCUUCUGUCAUCUGUUUUCCACAAAGAGCCAUCAGGUGAAGCCACCACAGAACACAGGUCUGAGGAAGAAUCCAGGCCUUUCUCUCUGUACAGGCCAAAUCUGGCACUUGGUGACAUUGUCACCAUCAGCGUUGUAUUUCUCUGGAGUCCCAGCGGCCUGGGACGAGAUCUGAGGAGGCGUGGGUUGGAUUCCCAGUGGCUUGGGACAAGACCUAAGGAGGCACUGGUUUGGUGUCCCAAUGGCCUGGGACAAGACCUGAGGAUGCAUGGGUUGGUGUCCCAGUGGCCUGGGACGAGACCUGAAGAUGCGUGGGUUGGUGUCCCAGUGGCCUGGGAUGAGACCUGAGGAGGCAUGGGCUUGAAGAAUGUUGAAUCCCUGCUUGUUGGAUCCUUGGGUGUGGGUUCCCGCGUCUCUGAGCUCUCCUGUAGUUCUGAACCUGCUGAUGGGAGCCUUGGCCUCCCCACCUUUGAUACUUCACCCAUCAAGCAGAAGCAGCCCCUCUGCCCAGGGCUGAUGCAGCCCCCUCCAAAACGCCGCCUUGUUUCCCAUCCGAGCACCAGGAAUGUGGCUUAUAUCCUUCAAUGCAAAGACAGUUAUCCUUCCAAAAGCCGCUGGGGGUGAUGGUGUCAGGGUGAUGGGCAAGUGGUCGUUCCCCAUGGUGGUCUCAGUCACUGCACUACCCUCAUCUCCAGUCCCCUCCCCCCUGCAUCCUCCCAGCACGCAAUUCCAGGGACAAGCCAGUGGGCCAAAUAUGAGUGGGUAGGUAGGAGGGCAGAGAAACCUCUGGACAAAGUCCCGCAGCCUUCCACACAUGGUGGCCAUGUCCCCCAUGGGGUCGUUGGCUGUGAAGGCACUGCAGGGCUGCAACAGCCAUCCCUGCUGGCUUCAACCAGGCUCCUCAGCAAAGCCCCCAAGCCCGGGCCCAAACGAAGAGGGUUUAAAUGGCCGCGUUCCCUGGAAGAAGCAAGGCAUCAGUCUGAGGCCAGCCCCGCAGUGUCUGCAGGCGUCCCUACACCCUCCCUACCCUCACCUGACCUCUCCAGCUCCCCCCGCCCCGCCACAGAGCCGUGGAUUGAAGGCCCCAAGAGAGGACCCCAGCAGGGAGGCCAGCCCCCUAUGAGUGAGCACAUACCGAUGACUCCCACUCAGACCCUAACCCCAAGUCACUGGCAGGCAGGGUGCAAAAGCUGCCUGUCCCCCGACCAGGUCACCGUGGGGAAACGCCAGGAAGUCCUUAGGAAUAACCUGGGGGCCGUCUGCCCUUUAAUUGGCCCCAUCCCCCUUUAGUGAAGAAAUACAAUGACGAGUGAGUUAAGAUUUAAAGGACAGGUCAAGAGUUGUCUUGCUUGCAUCCUACAGGGUCACUUGUGGCUGAGUGGCGGGUUUCUGCUAACCAUCUGACUCUUUGGGCUUCCUGCCUCCUUCACGAUGUGGUGCCUGUUUCCAAGGGGAGGGCGAGCAGGCCAAGGGGUGGGUGAGGCUGAGGCAUGAUGCCAGUCAACACUGACAUGGAGCACGGUGGAUCUGAUUGGGAGGGGAGAGAAGGGCCGGGCCACAUUGCUGUCAGCAGGGUGGACUGUGCUUGCAUUUCUAGCCUGAUGGCAGCUGUGGGAGCCCCCUGGGUUUCCUCCUCUCCCCCCUGGAAGACCUAACCAAAUAACAGAUUGUUGGGUAUGAGAAAGGGAUGGUGGUAUUAGCAUAACUGCCGACAGGGCUAUUUCCCUUGAGUAGACCUUUGGAAUUGCAAACGCUCAUUUUUGAACAAGCUUGUGGUGGAGGGUUUUGGUUGUGUGAGUGUGUGUGAGUGAGUGGAGCAGACUUUCUUGGAAACUGGAGGAAGGUAAUGAGGAGGCUUCAGGAAGUCUUUCGGAUGGUUCAUGGUUGAUAAAACGUGAUGCCUCCGCGACCCCAGCCCAGCUUUCGUCCUGGGUGUCUCUGCUGGGCGCUGAGGCGGGCAGGAUGGGUGACCGUUGCUCUUGCUGACCUGUGAGGUAGUUGCUGUGACAGAAAACAGAAAGAGGAAAAUCACUAGGUGAGACAAUUCCUCAGAAAGGCAAAAAUCCUUCCCAGCCCAGCCCGCGUGACGUUGCCACCUGACAUUCCAGCCCGGGGCCUCUGCCUCGUUCCUUGUCUGUGUCUUGUCUUUCUGGCGUGUCUCACUUCUGACUUCCUUCCGAUGGGGAAGCCUUAACACUGAGCAGGCCAGAGCUGUCCUCACCAAAUUGAAAAGGAAAGUAAACCUGUUCCUUUUUUUAGCCAAAGAAACCUUCUCAGAGACACCUCCACCUAAGGACAAAAUGGCUUUCCUUCUCUUCUUUCUGGGCAAUAAUGACAUCGUGAGCAAUGGAAUUCCUUGUGUCGUUCUCUUUCUUUUCAGUCCUGACUAGGGUUUUGUUUUGUUUUGUUUUAAUUGCAUUAAUUUCAAAACUGCACUCUCCUUCUAAGAGGAGUGGAAUCAGCACAUGCUGCUACCAUCAGGACGCUGGAGACGCCACAGAAGCACCUGGGCCUUGUUCAUCUCACAUCACCGCGGGCGGCAUGGAGCAGGCCUUCCACCAGGCACCUGGCUGUGUGGGGGCUGAGCACACCGGGAGCUCCAGAUAGCAGUAUUUCCACUUGGAUGCCUUAGGACUCUUGAGUCUAUAAAAUCUGUCAGGCUACCUGGGAAUCGGAGCUGGGGGAAGUGGUCUUUCAACACAAAAGAAACCAUCUUAAAGGCUUUGGGCACAGUUAUCCAACCCCCCAGAGGCUUCUCGCGCCUAGAAGUUCAAGACCACAAAGCCAGCUCCUCCCUCAGACUUGCUGAGAGUUGACGAAAGUGACUUUUGCAGGACAUGAUUUCACAGAGCCCCAAUUCCACAGGGGAGCUACCUGGUCACCCGUACAAACCCUCCCCACCGAGUCUUUGGGAGCCUCUAAUCUCAGACCUCACAUUAGAACGUUAUGUUAUCUUUUUUUUUUUUUUUUUUAACCAGUCGCUUUUGAGUCGAUUCCGACUCAUGGUGACCCCAUGUGUGUCAGAGUAGAACUGUGCUCCAUAGGGUUUUCAGUGGUUGAUUUUUCAGAAGUAAAAUCACCAGGCCUUUCUUCCUAGGCCCUUGGGUAGACAGAAACCACCAACCUUUCGGUGAAUAGCUGAGCGUGUUAACCGUUUGCACCCCCCGUGGACUCCGUACAAGCCAGUAGUAGCCAGCAUUUACUGAAGGCUUCGAUAUGGUGGGCCGUGAGCCAAGCCCGUCAUGUAUGUGGCCUCCAGUAGUCCUCACAGCCCCCCCAGGGUGAGUGAUAAUGCUGCCUCCCCCACCCACUCACAAAGAAGCUCACCUCUGAGAAAGUGGCAUGUGUUAGAAAGUUACUACAAUAGUGGCCCGGAAUCCCUGAGUUUCUAAUAAAUUUUUUGUUAAUCAGGCCUUUGUUUUGCUUUGUAAUUAACGGCAAUGAGUGGCCUCCUCCUUCACUGAACCAUUUAAUGGUAUUCCCAUUUACUGCGUGCCAAACACUGUGCUAAGAGCUUCAGCCCCUUACCUUGUUUGAUUUCUUCACAACAGCCCUGUGGGGUCAGCAAUAUUAGUCUUCUCACCAAUGAGGCAACUGGCUUGAGAGCUCAAGUAACCUGCCCAGGGUCACAAGGCUGGUAAGUGGCCCCAGGCUGGGGCCUUAGCCCCAGAUAACCCGCGAUCCCAACCAGCAGCCUCCAUGGCCUCCUGUGAGUUUGUGCAAAGAAAGGCCUUUAAGGAACGUCCCACACUGAAGCUCAGCAGAGAGGGAGUCUCGAAUUCGCUGUAGGCAGAAGGGGCCGAGCUUGUUUGACUGGUAGAGAAAAUCUUGGGAGAGUUUCUUUUAAGUCACAGUUGAGUUCAUUUGAGAUUCUUUCUGGUGUACGGACUAGCUUUAGCAGUGCUGCUACAACAGACUCUUGGGAGAGAGAAAAAGAAAAUGUCUUUUCUUUUUUAAAAAAAAUAAUUUUUCCUUGCUUAUAGUUAAUUCUAGAAAGGCAAUACUAAAGGUAUAUAUUUUUUUCAAAAUGCUAUUUUUUACUGCACUGAUAAAUGUCACGACAACUAACUCAGAUCUCAUCAAAGAUCCGCUCGUCAGCUCUGGGUAGAACCAGAUGAGGGGUUCACAGCAAACUUGGAAAUUCCAGUGUGGGUCUGGUGUCCAGGAACUUUUCUUUUUUUUUCCUUUGUGUAAAAAAAAAGGCGGGGGGAACAGAAGGAGAAAGAGAGGAUAACUUUAAAAAUCAGGAGCAAAGUAUUCUUUCAAAGAAAUGGAAAGUUACAAUCAUAUGAACUAAGAAAAACUAGCCAACUUUCAGGAUAUAAGGAAGGUGUCUCCCUUGCCCUGGAUUGAGAUUAAAGGUAAUAUAGAUACAUUUUGAUUUGGUUGAAAGGUGGCAAAAAUUUAGAAAUGCUCUGGGACUAGAUUUUUAAUUAAAAAACUAUUAUCCUUUGCUAUGAAACAUCUCCUCAGUUGUUUUGAGUGGGUUUUUUGUUUUCUUUUUUCUUUUAAAAAAUCUUUGACUGGCUCCAGGCUUGUUUGCCUAAAUUCUUAGGUAGUUUACACACAUUCUAGAAUCUUCUAGAACCUUAACUCCAUGGGAAGCAAACCCAGCUAAUCAGAAUUUGAGAUCUUGGUUGGUUUCAAUAGGUAUUCUGGAAUUCUAACAGAACACCUACAGAUGUUUUUAAGGAAGGUUUUAGAUACAUUAUCUUACACAAACUGUGAUCUGAUGGCAAUAAUUACCUCAAAUGUGGGCAUUCAUCCUGGUUUUAGCCUUUUUUAAAAAAUGUAGCCAACUUGAUCUUGGGAUUUAAAAGACUAGGAACUGUAUGUGGGCUGAAAAUAAUGAUGAACGCACACCCUGGCCAUUGUUGCUUAAGUGAAUUCUGAAAACAGCUUCUCUUUACAGAAGACGUAAACCAAGGAAUAGAUUAUGCUCUGUGUGGUAGUCACACGUGGUGUUUAGAUAGAUGCACAUGUGAAGCACGUAUGUUUUUAGCUACUGUAAAAUGCUGUUAGCCUUCUAAGACCUCAGAAGAGUCACAUUCUGAAUGAGUACCCUCAGUCAUUAACCGCAGACGCUGAAGCAUCUUUCUGGCUACGUUUUCUAGUUUCUAGAGUGUUUUAUAGUUUACAUUUAAGCUGGUACUUUUUUAAAUUUCUGUUUGUAACUGACAUCUUCAAACCUCUUCCGUCGGAGGCCACGUCCUAACCCUACCGUUGCGUAGCCCAGCACGUGCACCAUCCCUCCGUAUUAGUGGUCCACGGGAACCUGAAGGAUGCAAAAGCAACUGGGGACCGGAUGGAAAGGGGCACCCCAAGCCGACCCAGACGUGAAGCUCUGUUACCGCUGGUCUGUGCACCCCUCCUUCCGGAAGCCUAGAGAGAACAGGUCCCCGGCCCAUUGUUUCCGUCUUGACUUUGAAUAUUUAAGUUAUUCAUAGAUCCGCUGACAUCCAUUCUCCAGGCAAUAGAAGACACUGGGAUCCAGGAGGCCCUGAAGAUGCAGCUGCUAUUUCUGGGCUCCUAGCAGUAUUUUGACAAAUGCUUGGCAGGGUUUUCCAUAGAUCUGCUGUUCUCGAUUUCUUUUCUCCUUUAGAGCAAAAUCAGUGUAAAGGGGUGGGUUUACUUCGUGUUCGUCACCAAGCUUCGAUUUGGAACCUGGUUGGGUGGGUGGGAGGGAACCUGAGAUUCCUUCCUGAGGUCGUAAAUGCUACUGAGCAGGAGAAGGGAGGGUCAGGGCUGCCCAGGACCUUCCACUCGAGACCAGCCCAGUGGAGGUCACGUUUGUCACAUCUUCAGAGACAAAAAUGGGCCCCGUUGCCAGACAGGAUCAGACUGGAAAACGCUGGUUUCCAUGAGAGUUUGGGUUGGGUUUUCUGUGUACAUCCCUUUUAGCAGAUAAGACCUUUAAAACUGAAAACUCUUGGGACCAGGGAACUUUUUUUUUUUCAUGCAUUUUCUUUGUCCCGUGACCUGCACCAACAGGAUGUUCUCAUGACGGUUUUGUGUGAGAAACGUUAUUGUGAAGUAUUUUUCAUCUCACCCCUCCUAACUCUCUUCCUGCUAUCCUCAGUUUGUUUUUCCUUGGCAUUAAUGAACCAAAUGAAUUUUAUAUCGUCAUCUUUUGGGCUUAACCCUAUCUUUACAAACUCGAGGCAGAGAAAUUGGCUCCUUUUUUAAAUUUCAGAAGUGAAUGUGCUGUAUCUGAGAAAGGGCUGCACCAUGGCCCUCUCAGCUUUCUUUCAAGCGGUCUCUGAAUGAGCCUCUCCUGAUGCUGCCUCCCCUCCCAGGGGCCCCAGCCACUGACCUAAUGUUGGGUCAUGGGCCCCGUGGCCACCGCCAUCCCACCCUGCCGUCACAGCAGCCCCAUGCCCAGGCACACAGGACCCCCGGGAAGCUCUCCAAAGCCUGGGAGAGGACCCAUUGGCCUUGAGAGGGAUGGUCUUGCCUCAGACAUUCACCUACUUGGUUGAAGGGUCAGUGGACUUCGUAUUACUUUUAUUAUUACUAUUUUAAUAGUUUGGCUCAGGUUAUAAGGAAGAACUUGGGAAAUGAAGUGACUUGACCAUGCCCGUCCUUUGUAGCUUUCUGUGACUUCUGAAUGGUAACAUAUCCUCCCCCCCACCCACCAGCCCUUCAAAGGCAAAUCCUACUGUUCGCUCUGCCUCCAGGGUCAAUGAUUUUUCCCACCCUUCGCCUCCUUCACUUCCGUGCGGCUGCCCAUUGAAGCUUUCUUCUGCAGAUUUUCCAGGGCACAAUCAUUUCUGGCCCCCAGAGCGUCCCCUCAUCCUCUGCGUGUGUGUUUUUUAACCAAAUGAAGUAGACAAGGAAGUCAGGCCUGGGGGCAGCGGGGUUUCUAGUUGAGUAGAAUCACUGUAUAGAUAUAGAUGUUGAUAUAUAUGUUUGUGUAUAUAUAUAUAUCAAGCCAAAUUACUGAUAGGAAAAGGAUAGCUUUAUGGAUGAGGAGGAAGAGGGACGUUCUAGGAGACAGAGCCAGCACUGGGAGAAUCGCCAUGCUGGAACGUAUCACAGGCUGCAUCUUCCUACGUGGGGUCACUGCAUGGCACCGGCCUGGCCAUUCCAUCUCACCUGCCCAGGCGGGUGGUCCCAAGGGUGCCACUGCAAUCUCUGGGUCCCCAGCAGUUGAGGGCGUGGAUGGAUGAGAAGGUCAACAAGCAGAGGGACUGGGUUUUUCCAUCCCGUUUGCUUUGACCACAUGCACUGAGUUGCAGCCUCUGAUAUUAUAUCAUGUUUCCAAAAAUGGUAUACCCAUGAGGCUGGAGACAGGACAGAUCCGUAGGAAUGUGUACCUUCCAACUGCCCGUGAAUUCAGGACAUUCUGGACAGAAAGCCUCACUCCCCAGAAUAAGGACAGGGAGGAAGGGAUCUGCUGACCCUCAAUCACGGGUCCCAGGAACAGGGCUCCCUCCCCGAGGCCAUCUCACCCAGCUCUCACUCCGCCACGUCAUCUCAGCUCAAUGACCCCAUGACAGCAAGCCCUGGUCUGUUGUGUUCCUUCACUGUGCGGUUUCUGUAAUAAAAAGUGUUAAUCCACGUUAAUCUUUGUGAAAAUUAUUGCGUGCAACAGUAUUUUCUCGUGUACCUCUUUUCCUAUGUGAAUUGUCCCUCUUUUUUAUUUAUAAAUGUCUACUUUUUUUUUUUUUAAA